AUGCCACCGUCUUUACGAAAAGCAUGCCACGCUUGCACAGCCUCAAAGCGCCGGUGUCGUCCUCAACUACCCAAGUGCUCUCGAUGCUUAGAAAGAGGCCUGGACUGCACAUAUGAUCUCGAGCCCGUCUCGAACCUAACAACGACCGGUACAGACCACAUCCUCCCCGCACAGCAUCCUGUCCGCCAAGUUCUACCUACUCGAUUGUACGACUCGGUCGCCGCCGCCCAUGCUGAUGCGAUUCGUUCGUAUACGCCGCAAGGCUACGACCUGCAGAAGGGCGUGCAGGUGAUGGCUAACCCCGAAACUUUUGAGCUGACCAAGCUGCACCUCAGAAGGAUACCUCUGCUGACAUUCCAACAUCGGUCGACGCUGUAUGUCCAUGCCCAGGUCUUGUCUGCUGGUGAAGGCUUAUCAGCAAUUCCGCUGGUAGCCGCGCGAUCAGAUCCGCCUUCACGAGCAGAUUCGACAUCGGGUAUCGUGCCCACGGAAAAGCGGCGCCUACUAUCAUUGAACGUCCGGGAUUUGACAUUUACCCAGUUCAUGGCAGUCUUCCAUGAGCUGAUUGCCAUCGUGCUGGCUUCCUAUUUAGACAAGAGUCAGACGGAUGUCGUAGCCUCGGAUUUCCAAAACCUGUCUGAGCUGUUCACCACCUGGGCUCAGCACUUCUACUCCAUACUGCCGGAGUCACUGGACAGUAGUCUUUCCGCAUGGCAGGCCUGGGUUAUAGCGGAGAGCGGCCGGAGAACGAUGAUCUGCAUCGACAUGAUUCGAGGGGUCAUGGAGAUCCUGCGGCUGGGAUACUGCUAUUAUCGACCGGGGAUUGAGGCUUUGCCCUUCGAUGCAAGGACGGGCCUGUGGGAAGCAAAUAGCGAGGAAGAGUGGCGGUCUGCCCUGGCUAGCCAUGGUGGUGAAGAGUGCAGUCUGAUGUCCUGGCACGAGUUCAUUGAGAGUGGAGGGCCAGCGCCACGUAAGGAACAUGAUGGCAUGCUACAGCGACUCCUCCUCGUGGGCUAUUUCGGCAAGGUUGCUGCGCAAUACCAAAUGAAUGCCGAUGACCAAUUCCAAAACCAUGGGACUCCUUCAACCUAG